AUGAUUAUAUCUCUUAAUGAACUGAUUAACUGGCUUCAUAUCAGUCCUUUGGAGCUUUGCAUUCACAUAGUGGGAAUCAUCUGUAGCUUGAUUGCAGCUGUUCUUUGGGAUGAGGAAAUUCUUGGUUUAUUAUUGAAAAGUAAUGAAAGAUUUUUACAAUUCUGGUGGAUCUUCUUGCCAUUAUGGUGUGCAGAUAUUUUAGUUCUUUACUUUAACCUUGUGGUAUUUUUCAGACGUAUACACUAUCAUAAAGUUGUACGUCAAAGUCUUCGUUAUUAUGGAUUUCGUCCUGAUUAUCUGCCACCGUCUCCCUGGUCAUCUAUAGUAUUAGAUACAACAUACAAAUUAUUAUUCAAUAUUUGCAUAUUUGCCUUCAAAUUAGUUCUUUUUCAAAGAUUCGUCUAUUUAGAUCAGAGUAAUUUAACCUAUAGUACAGUCUUUUCUCCAGUUAUCUGUGUUAUGCAGUUGAUACUUUUGUCAGUGUGCAUGAAAACUUGUGGGAAUCGAAUUUGA